AUGUCGGGAUAUGAUUCUGGCGACUCGGAACCUGCCCUCUCUCAUCCCACCCAGACGGAUGGAAACUUCUCAACCAAUCCUGUUGUAGCUGACCAGAUCACGGCGCAGCCCGAUCCCACCCUGUUUGACGAUAUCACACCCUUGCCAGAUCCAAACAACACAACCUCUGAGACAAAAAAGAAGAAGCGAAACCGUCCUAAGAAGACUGGCAAGAAAUUCAAGCAACCUGUUCCAUCUAGCGGCAAACUGAAGACGUACAUAGACCAUGGCACCACCUGUGACACUCAAGGGUACCCCAUCUAUCCCAAUGGUGAUACGGUAUUUGUUCGUGAGGCAAAGGAUCAGAUCACCAACUUCGUGAUUCCCUUGUCAAACCUUACUACGUCCAGGUUCCCCGUUUGCCCAGCUGUCAAAUGUAGUGGACGACAUGUUUGGACUCAAUGCCCGGGAACCAGCUGUCGGAUCGACAUUGAGAAGGAAUCUGGCUGGGGAGUACUUUGUCAUUCAGGAACCCAUAUGCAUGUGUGGCCGAGUUCGAAGAAAGCGGAUCCUUUGGCGAUGUUAGCGCUCAAAGCACAGUUAGUCAAGAACCCAAAAGCAGGCCCGUUGGUUCUAAAAUUACGACGCAAAGUACUUGUUGCAAAGGGCCUCAUGCCUGAAAAAGAAUCCAAGGGCGGAGGUGACCGACUCAUUUUAGACCUAAUGCACUGGGGCCGGAACGGCCUCCGCUUGAUAUCGACCUCACUCCUAGGCGCCGACGUCCACAUCACCUUCCAAACCGAGUGGAUAGCUGAGCAGCUGGUUCGUCGAGACCAAAACAGAAAGGUAUACUCGGGAGGUCUCCUUUUGGAUGUCACGUACCGCUUUUUCCACAACGGGUAUCUCCUCACGACUUCGAUGUACAACGAGAUUAUGCACUGCUGGAUCCCGAUCCAACUGACCUGGAUAUGGGGACAAGAAGUGAACCAUUAUCGGGCUCACUUCUCUACCCUCCUCAAGCAAAUCAAGGAAGCUGAUCUGACUCAUCACAAACGCGAACUACUGGUCCAACAAGUUGUCGAUUUCUCUGUUGCUCAAAAGAAAGGUUUUGUCACCGCGUACAUGGAAGUAUUCAACAAAAAUGAUCCUGCUAAAGCGCUGGACAAGUUGAAGGGGUGCCACGAGCACUAUUGCCAGUCAAUUACUCGUAUCACCAAAAACCGCAACGUGGUGGAUGCCAGUCAAGUGAAAAACUUCAAAUUCUUGGCUCUGGACCUCCUUGAACCAGACCAACCGAAUGGAAUGUGCUUGGGUGAUAAAUUUGAUCAACUUGCCCGACUCUUUCCCAAAUCGAAUCCUUGGCUUGAUUGGUGGAACACAGCCGACAUCCAUGCAAUGUUGUUCUGUGCGCGCCCACGUCUCCCGUUGGACGACCCUCCACUCCCUGGACAUGAAUUUGAAGGCAAUCUCCCUGACACCACCAACGGCCAAGAGUCGAUGCAUCGACAGUACUACAUCUUAACGUAG